UUCGUACAAAGUAAGUUAAAUUCUUUCUUUAAUAAUUGCACACCGAUAUAUUUAUGAGGUAGUCCUUCGCUCGUAAAUUUUCGAAUAUCAUAUACAACUCUUCCAGCAUUCGUACAUUUAUGUAAAUAAACGUUUCUAUCUAAAUGUAAAGAAUAUUCGCAAGUAGUAUUUUUUAUAUCAAUUUCCUUAAAAUCCGAUCUACAUAAUAACACUGAAAAACCAAUCGUUAACGCAAAUAAUUCUAAACAGGUUAUAAUAGCGAAAGCGAUUAAUAUAUUACGAGACAUGAUGUAAAAAUAACGUUUAAAACCAAAAUCAUUGCGUAUUAAAACAACACAAAACGACUAGUGCGCAUGCGCGUAUUAAAAUAACACAAAACUACUAGUGCGCAUGAGCGAAAAACAUAAUAAAAAAACUAGAUAGCGAAUUCAAAAAUUAAUUCAUUAGAAAAAUGGGAGAGUCAAGUACAUGCGUGUCGUCGUUCGGUUGGAGAGCAUUUUUUCCAAUCAACGAAAAAUUAUUAGUUCCCUACGCUUUCUCUAAUGGUAGCUUCUCAAGCAUCGAAUUGGCAGAACACUCGGCUAAAUCGCAAAACUUUCCACCAUCCAUUAAAAUUCUAUAUUGCGUGGAUUACCUACCACGAUUUAUACCCAAGGUGAAACAUUUCCGAUGGCUGCUUACAUCGAAGGAAUCUUAUCAUCAUCAAAGCUUAGAAAUUCUAUCGGAAUCUAGCAAAACCUUUAACAAUUUUGAAGAAUGUUUCAUCGAUUCGGAAAAACAUAAUCCUCAUUGUGGACCCGAAAAUAAUAUUCCGAAAAUGUAUUUCGAGUAUAAAAGUGAAAACCAAUAAAUAUAUAUUUUUUUAAAUUUCGUGUCUUGUUUUAUUUAAUAAUAUUUUUAGGUUCAUUUAACUAAAACCGGUUUAUUGGGGAAAAACGCGAUUGCGUCAUAAAAGCGAUUACGUCAUUUUUAAAGUUCGCUGACCUAAAACAAAACCAAAACCAAGCGAUUGCGUCAUAAAAAAAUUAUAUAAAAGCGAGACAAACAAUAAAACUAAUCAUUAUUCGUAUUACUAUCGAAAGAAGAAGAAGGACUAUUUUCAUAUCAUAAUGAACGGAAACAACGCAGAGAUGAUAGCUCGCGAAGUAGGCCCGAAUUUUGAUUGGAAAGAUUUUUCUAGAUUAAAUUUAAGCGAAGAAGUAAUAAGACGACUUGAAGAUAAAGUCGAUUGGGACAUUAUUUCUGAAAAAACUAAUCUUAGUGACGAAUUUAUUAGAGAUUUCCAACAUAAAUUAAAUUGGAAUAAAAUUUGGAAAAACAAACGCUUCUCCUCCGAUUUUAUACACAGAUAUGUUCAACGAGUUAACUGGGACGAUGUUUGUCGUUAUCAACAGCUAUCAGAAUCCUUUUUGACUCAAUAUCACGAUCGUCUAAACUGGAAUCUCGUAUCUCAAUAUCAAAAACUGAGUCAAAAUUUCAUAUUAACUUUUAAACAUUUCCUGAAUAUGAAGCUUAUUUGUCAAUAUCAACAAUUGCACGAAGAAAUUAUUAGAGAACUUGAUAACGUUGUGGAUUGGGACCUUAUUUCGAAGCACCAAGAAUUAUCCGAAAAAUUUAUGGAAGAUUACAAGCAUAAACUUAAUUGGUGUAUUGUCAUUGCUAAUCAGAAACAUUUAUCAAACAAAUUUGUAUCGAAUAAUUAUCAUUUUACUCUGAUUUAUGUUUUAUCGAAAAUAUGCGAAAAGUUAUAAUUUUUUUUCUAAAAAAUAAUUUUAACAUAAUCUUUAUUUUUUAAAUAUAAUUAAUAAAAUUUAUACUCUUAUGUUUUUUGUAUAAUCUUCAAAUUAAUAUAUAUCAUUGUAACCCCUUAUUCUUUAUUCCAAUAAAAGAGAGAAAAAAGAAAAAAUCGUGUCGUUUAUUUAAUCACCGUCGCGACACAAUAAAUACCGUUAAAAAAUCGAUAAAUAUCGAAAUAGCAAAUAGCAUGAUCCGAUUAGUGACGGUACAUGUUAUUUGUUAUUUCUUUUAACAUCUAAUUUCGAAAAUAUAUUAAAAAAAUAUUUAAAAUAAUAUAUUUCUUAACAGAUGGCGCCACUCGCAAAAAA